CAUCUUCUUCCUUCACGCUUCAUCUUCUUCCUUCUUCUUCCUUCACUCUUCCACCAUUUACUCAGCUUGUAAAAAAAUGUCUGAGGAAAAUCCAAACAAGAAGAAAAAAAUUAUCCUUCGUCCUGCAACAGAAAUUGCACUUGCAAGAGCGGCAGAGGCAAGACGACAUGAGAGGAGGCGGAAGCGGCGGCUUUGGCGGCGGAGCUUGCGGCAGCAGAGGAAAUGGACGCCGAGGAACCGGCAGCGUCAUCUCAGCCAUCUGGGUUUCAACAAUUUGCUGGUAAGACGAUUCCCGGAUUUCGAGUUGCGCAGUACGAGGAUUCAGGACCGCGUCAUCCGCAUUCACGUGGUGUUUCCGCUUCCGUUAGAAGGACGCGGAUGAACCCGACUGAGCC